AUGCCAGACCCCGCAGCCGUUCUCGACGCCUACAUCUUCGGCGACAUCCUGUCUCACCUCUCCCUCGCCGAGCUCGUGCGCUCGCGGGGCGUUUCGACGAGGUGGCGCAAGGCGGCGGAGCAAAAGCACAUCUACAAGCUGCCGUACCUCAGCUACGAAGGGGUCGAUGCCGGGACGCGGCGCAAACACUACAUCGGUGACAAGGUACUUCGCGAGCAAGGAAACGCUGGCAUCGACUGGAAGCAGCUGUGCGACGAGUACCUCGCGUCCUCACGCGCGUGGGCGGCCGGCAAGCCAGUCACAUCACUGCUCGAGGACAACAGCCUGACAUACCACUCGGCUCUGACCCCCGGGCCCAACGGCGGCGUGUACGUUCUCGACGUAAGCGGCUCGCGACGCGUUAACCAGGCGCAAAUGGAGAUGCCGUACGUGCUUGUCGAGCCGGGGCCAAGUGGCGCGGGCGUGCGCGUCGCCGAGCGCGCCGACACCCCCAGGACGACGGUUACUUUCUCGCCCAGCAUCGGGGUGUACCAGGCCCGCGUGGCAAGCUGCGAGGCGCCGGACAACUACGUCCUCUACCCGUGGUACGUCGAGCUCUGGGUGUCCGCCGGCGUGUGGGAGGACUUUGGCGCCCGCGAGCGCGUGUACGACGCGACCGAGUGGCCCGCGCUUGCGGGCAUGCAGACAAACCCGCCACCACAGGCGACAUAUGCCCCGGAGGGGAUAUAUGCCGGCUUUCGCCGCCUCGCCAUCUUCCCCGCCGCCCCCGAGCAGGGGCCGUAUGGCAUGCGCGUCGCGUCGCCGUACAGCAUACACGUCUCCGUCCCCGACAGCGGCGUGGGCGAGCUCGAGAUCGCCGCAGCGCACUACACGUUCCUUUCUCGCCACGGCGACCACUUCGUCCUCGGCCUGCAGGUGACGCUGCUUGCGUCGACUUGUGACCCCACGCGAGAGGGAGCCGUUGAAACCAUGGCUGGGGAGCCGCACAAGUUCGCCACAAGUGGAUGCCGCCUCGUCCUCGACAACAACUAUGUCUUCCAGGUUUGGGUGCCCGACGACUUGGGCCGCAACACGGAUGCAGCAGUACACGUGUAUUCUCGUGCCCGGGGCGCAUCCACCCCCAGCGGGUUCAUGACCGCCCUCAACGUCGACCUGGAGGCGGCGCUGCAGGCGGGCGUGUCGCCCAUCUUCUGGGUCUCAGUCACGGGGCAGCAGUUUGAUGACCUCGUUGAACCCGCGCUCGUGGAGGAGAUGGAGCGAAACGGCGGGAUUCUCGACCUGCGAGUAGACCCCGUGCGCGCGGAUAACAAGAAGCGCUACAACCUCUAUACUGUGCUGCUGAACGACCGGGAGCGCGGCCGUCCAGGCUUCAGCGGCCUGCAGGUGUGCGGCACCGCCCUCUGCCUGUUCCGUAGCACGGGCUCGGCCUUCAUCAUCCAGGACUACGCCGACGUCUUCGCGUUCGCCGAGACACUCCCGCCCGCCCGGCGUGCAGCCUUCAUCGCCGAGCGCACGGUCAUCCUCGCCACCCCGCGCCCGAUCGACAAGGGCUCGAGCCGCGGGUAUCACUGGGCAGUGUGCGGCACGCGGCUCAUCGACCGCACGCUCCUAUUCGACAUGGAGCGCCUGCCCCGUCUCCCGGACUGGUUGGUGCCGUGGAAACCACGUAGUGGUACGGCGCUGGCACGCGCGUCUCCCCUCGGCACACUGCGCUGCCGAGCCCUGGUCAACGAGGUCCCGGAAGAAGUGCUCCUCGCCCUCGGUGUGCGUCUCGAGCGCUUCGUCCUCACACCCUCCGGGCUGUAUUUCCUCCCUUUUGUGACGGAGCAUGGUCCGUUCGAUGUGGCGCGCAUAAACUCGCCCAAUGAGGUACGCAGAUACGAGGCUAUCCAGCGCGGAGAGUGGAUAUUCAGCCUGAGACGGGUGUGGUUUCCAGCAGAUGGAGAGGGAGCUAGGUAG